AUGCGUGCUUUGGACUCUCGCGAGAAGCGCGUGGCUAUAGCACAAUUUAACCGCGUGGUCAGACCAAGGAAUGAUUAUCUAAAAGGUCUUACUAUGCGUACACCCCCUCUGCACGGUGACUGCGUGUAUCGUCGGGAAGCAAGAGGGGUCGAUCAGUUCAGCUGUGACGUGAAAUUUCAAUUAAAAAUGCUGGAAAACCCGAGCAUGGAUUCAGCAGCCACCACUGCCAAUGUUGCCAACGUCAAGCGCUACGCUCCUCCCAACCAGCGGAACCGAUCACUCGGAAGACGUAAAUCUGGAGGAGAUCGACUAGAACGGGCAAACAGUUACUCUAAUGAUGGAGAGAAGAACACAGUUGGCACCUUAAGAAGUAUUCCCAUGGCAGAUCAUGGGGAUGCUGGUGGCAACAAUCGAACAAAUGAGAAUCCUCGUUCUAAGUUAAUACCUUUACGUGGGUGUUGCAACAGUGAAGCUCUUCGGCUCUUGAAUGACCGUUGGACAGCUGCCAUGGCGGCACUCAAUAAUUUGCCAGAAGAUUCAGCUGAAAGGCCUGUCUUGUAUUCAAGAAAAAUUUCACCUGCCUGGGGCCAAGCUGCCCUUCCACAUUUGCUAAUGCAACAAGCAGGUGGGCCUUCUACUGGUUUGGAGAGCGACUUCUUGAGUGAACUCAGGCAGGCAAUGCACAAAGCCAGUACUGGUCCCAAAGCCUAA